AUGAGAUACUCUCUGGCGUGCGCGGCUCUGGCCCUCAGAGGCCUUAGCCUUGCUCAAACAGUCGUACUGGACGACGGUGGCGAUACCUCAGCUUUGCUCAGCAACAUUGAUCCAGCAGACAUCGCAGCUAUUCAGGAUCCUGAGAUUCUCGGUUCCCCAAUAAGCGUCCCUGAUGCAGCCACCAUUGACUUCGAUGAAGCAUUGGCUACCAGGUCUGUUCUUGCUCUUGUAGCAACCGCCACGGACGCUCAAACCAACAUCAUCACAUCCACUGCCGACGCGUCUGCAGCGAUACAGACAGUCUUCGCAAAGAGGAAUUCCGUGGGUGGCAGCACAGGCAAAGUUCACCGCCGUGAUCUAAGCUAUCCGGUCGAUACAUCGUCAUAUGACAUUCCGCUAGGAUACACCCCGGCAUUCACCAACUACCAGCGAUCAACUCAAGGUCGAGGAUAUCUGACUUACCAGACUCUAUCAAAAUAUGACCCCGCCCUUUGUACCAAGGCAUGUGACAAGAUCAGCUCAUGCGCAUUCGCAAAUAUCUAUAUCGAAAAAGAUCCUGAUAGCAAUGGCAAUCCUGUCGAUGUCAUCAAGUGCUCGCUGUAUAGCAUGCCCCAGACAAAUGUUACCGCUACCAACAGUGGACAAUGGAGGGGCAAAUUCCACGUUAUCAUUACUGGAAGCAAUGGCUACAAUAAGGCUGCUGUGCCUCUUGCACCCACCGGUUAUUCUCUCCAGACCCUUCCGUCUGCUAUCAAUGCAUCAGUUUGGGACCGAGCCGGCCAGUGGAAGUUCAUCCAAGGCGUCUACUUGAACACUUACGAUCCUGCUCUGUGCGCCGCUGCCUGUGACAAGCAGACUCAAUUGGACCGUGCAGCAAGCUCCGACGACUGCAACUACAAGACUUGCGCCUAUGCCAAUUUGUAUGUUCUCAGUGAGGAUGGUGUUCCCAAGACUGUCGUUUGCGCUCUUUAUACAGAAGCCACGGAUGCGUCCAAUGCUACUAUCAACAGCUACUCCGCCAGCACACAUCUCUAUCAGGUCUCGAACUCGAUCGCUCUUACCAACACAUCUGCUGUCGCCGCUGGAUAUCCUCAGUACUGUGCACCAAUCGCAUCUGAUAUCUCGUACCUCAACAGCGCCGGUCCCGAUUUCUGUACUAGCUACCUGGGUUAUGUUGCGCCUACAGAUACUGUGACAAAGACCAUCACCCCUCUCACCUCCACAAUCCACGCGACAUCGACCAAGUUCACGACCAUCACAACAACUUACUCAACUACAACAAUCACGUCGACUGUACAAAACAAUAAGCGUCAGGAGAGUUCAGAUGGUCAAGUGGUUUACUCCGACGUUCCCUGCGCAUACAACACCAACGGAACAGUUGUUGUUGCUCCUACUGCUUACGCCAGCUUGACCAAUGUUUAUGCAAACUCAACAGCAACAGGACUUUCCAAAAGGACUGCCAGCCAGGCUUUCAUCCCGGUCCCGUCAUCAAUUGCGGGAUGGCCUGCCAUCAAAGUUUCUGCAGCUUGCUCUCAAGUGGCUACUGGUCGUUCGACAACCACAACCACAAUUACUGCAGCCACCCCUCUCCUUACUAAGAGCGAUGUGACAGCAACAAUGACAGAAACUCAAUCUGCCGUAGCUACUGAAACCACUUGCGUUGGCACUCGGACUGGACUCACCGGAACAUCAGGCACAAUCAACAUGGGUAAUUGGAAUUUGGGCUUCACGUCUUCGGAUAAAUCGAUGGCUGCCGGCCCAUCCGUGAAGGACACAUUUGUCUUGACAAACUUCCGUGGAGGUGCUUCGUAUCUCUAUCAUCCAAACUCCGGCCAAUGCGCCACGAUCCAAUCUGGACCAAAUAGCUCGGUUGCAGGGCAAAAGUACACUGGAGGUUCGGUGAAGCUUGCACCUUGCGGUUGCAGUGCCGUGCCACCAGAGAACCAAGCCUGGCUGUCUGGAAACCUUUUCAGUGGUCAAUGUCUCAAACCCAUUGGCGAUCGUGCAAGCUAUGGUGUCAGUGGAUUUUAUUCUGCUGUGAACAACUUUGGGACCAAUCCUGUCGGUCUCGCAGCUGGCGAUGGAGCCUGCUUCUUCUUUAGCAUAUAA